AUGGCGCACCAUCAUAUCGCAUACCAGACCGUCAACCCAGCCAAUGGGCAAUUGAUCAAGGCCUUUACGGCGACAACUGAUGAGCAAGUAUUUGCCGCCCUCGAGACAGCCCAUGAGGUCUACCAGAAAGACUGGCGUCGCCGAUCCGUCGCUGAGCGCGGCAAAAUCAUGGGCAAGGCUGCAGCCCUGAUGCGCGAGCGCAAACAGGAGCUCGCGGAGCUCGCUGUGCUGGAAAUGGGUAAGACCAUUGGCGGUAUGCUCGGCGAGGUCGAGUUCUCUGCCGCUAUCCUGGACUAUUACGCCCAAAACGGAGAGAAGUUCUUGCAGACGGUCGACCUACCAGGCGUUCCUGGGGCCGUCAUCGCCUCCGAGCCCAUUGGGGUGAUUCUCGCAAUCGAGCCAUGGAACUUCCCUUACUAUCAGGUCGCUCGUGUCGCUGGCCCUCAGAUUGUCGCCGGAAACCCAGUCUUGCUCAAACAUGCACAGAGUGUGCCGCAGUGCGCGCUCGCCCUCGAGAAGCUGUUCAUCGACGCCGGAGCACCAGCGGGUGUUUACACCAACCUAUUCUGCUCAAUUCCCCAAAUCAACGCUCUUAUUGCCGACUUCCGCGUCCGGGGCGUAACCCUUACCGGGAGUGAACGCGCUGGCGCAUCAGUGGCCGAGCAAGCCGGUCGUCACCUCAAAAAGGUCGUCCUAGAGUUGGGAGGUUCAGACCCACUGAUUGUUUUGCAGGAUGCACCGCUCGAUCAAGCCAUCGAGGUCGCAGCCGCAGGUCGUAUGAUGUGUAUGGGCCAAGCUUGUGCCUCGAUCAAGCGAUACAUCAUUGUGGGUAAGGAACGGGGUCAGGAGUUCCUCGAGGGUGUCAAGGCAAAGUUUGAAGCCAUGAAAGCCGGUGACCCAAUAGACCCAGCAACAACCCUGGGUCCUGUUGUCUCUGAGUCCGCCAUUGAGGGCCUCAUUGGUCUCAUUGGCGAGGCCAAAGCCGCCGGUGCCACGGUAGUGUUGGGUGGAAAGCGUAUUGACCGCCCGGGCUACUAUCUAGAGCCAACGCUCAUCACGAAUGUGUCUCGAGACAACCCACUGUUCAUGAAGGAGGCCUUUGGGCCAGUGGCUACCCUGUACGUGGUCGACACCGAAGAGGAGGCCAUCGAACUCGCCAAUGCUACGACAUUUGGCCUGGGUUCGUCGGUUUUCUCCAGCGAUAUCAAGCAUGCAAAGGAAGUGGCGGGUCAGAUCGAGGCUGGGAUGGUCUUCAUCAACUCGGCUGUCAAUUCCGGGCCGGGCGUGCCAUUUGGUGGUGUGAAGAAUUCUGGGUUUGGACGAGAGCUGAGCGAGCUCGGUAUCCAGGAGUUUUUGAACAAGAAGCUAAUCCGUGUGCAUGAGAGCUGGCUGUGA